AUGGUUGCAAUCUGUGAUCAAAAGAUCCAGGAAUGUUAUCGUAGGGGAUUCAACUCCAACUUGGACACCAUUUUGUGGUUCCCGAAAAUCGUUUGCAAGAUCUACCCCAAAACUGUGAAAUUCUGCGUGUCAGGAUUUGAAUUAUGCCAACGAGGGCGCCCCACUCAGGUCGGGGGCUCAGCAAUACUAUCAUUCAAAGUGUUAGAUAAACAAGACUUCAGGGUUUGCAUGGUGGACAUGAUCAGUGAAUGGGGGGUUUGCGCAAAAUAUUCGUUGAAGAAAGGAACUGUCUUUAAUUUAACUAUCGUUUUAUUUAUUCUCAAUUCAAACUCGUCAGUAAUUGGAAACAAACAUCAGCAACAGUUAGAUGCCCAGAAACUAGCCCAACAAGCCCAACUCAAAGCCCAGCAAGAGCAAGCCCAGAAAGUCCAACAACAAGCCCAAUUGACGGCGCAACAAGAAGCCCAAUUGAAAGCAGAGCAAGAAUCCCAACAACGAGCACAACAGCAGGCAGCCCAACAGCAAGCAGCCCAAAAACAAGCAGCUCAAGAGCAAGCUCAGUUGAAAACUCAGCAAGAAGCCCAGAGAGCCCAACAAGCCCAGCAACAAGCCCAGCAGCAAGCCCAACAACAAGCCCAUCGUGCCCAACUCAGAGCCCAAGAAGCACAACAGCGAGCCCAACAACAAGCUCAACCAGGUGCCCUAGCCCCAGUUAUUAUUUUUAUUAUUAUUAUGAUUAUUAUUAUUGAUAAAUGUUGUAAGUGGUGUUAGAAUACUAUGUGUAUGUUCAGCAUAUGUGGAAAUGUCUUCUAAUAAGUGUUGAAAUAUGGAAUUCUUGAAGUCUGUUAGUGAUUUAUGAUAUCCCGAUUUUGUGUUAAAAGUUCAUUAGAUGUUUAGCAUCCUAUGUUCAAAUUGUGGCAAAUGUCUAUGUAAGAAAUCUGUGAAUUCAUCUCA